AUGGCAUCGGAACCACAAGUACUUUGUAUUACAAUGCACACCCCGACUUCCACAUAUUCAACAGCUUCGACAGCUUUUAGUAUCUGGACUGGUUCCGAAACUUCGACUUACUCUACUGCCGUGAGUACUUUCACUGGAUCUGAUGGCUCAACAACUACCGAGACUGUGUACUACGUGGAGGCCCCAACUGUGGCCACCACUGUUUUCACUCCCGGCACUUGCUCUGAGACCUCGACCUACUCGGUUGGCAGAACCGCUGUCACUGGAUCUGAUGGCCAGCCCACCACCGAGACUAUGCACUAUAUCGAGACCCCAGCCGCUGUGACAACCGCGUACACCGCUGGUUAUGUAACUGCUGCAACCAUGUAUUCUACUGGUGCCACUACCUUUCCCGGUUCUGACGUUAAGCCAACCAUCCAGACCGCCUACUACGUCGAGACCCCUUCGAGUGGGUCUCAAGUGUACACUCAAUGGACCAGCAGCUUCGCCUCCACGUACUCCACAGAGUUUGCUGCCGUGGUAGUGGAUAGUGUUGCCACGACCAAGACAAUUUGCCACGUCGAGACUCCAUCGAGUGGCUCUGACGUGUACACCCCAUGGACCGGCAGUUUCAGCUCUACUUACUCGACUGACUUGAGCACCUUCACUGGAUCUGGCGGCCAGCCAACCACCAACACGAUUUAUUACGUCGAGGCGCCAUCGAGUGGCUCUGACGUAUACACACCAUGGAGCGGGUCAUUUACUAGUACGUUCUCGACCGAGUUCAGCACACAUACUAGUUCUGAUGGAAGACCAAUAAUUGACACUAUCUAUCGUGUCGAGACACUAAUAUUGGCGUCCUCAGUGCUUGCAAGAUGGACAGACAAGUUCACUAGCUCAUAUUCGACUAAGUAUGCGACUUUCACUGGUUCAGAUGGUCUUGCAUCUACUCAGACAGCGUAUUACAUCGAGACCCCUGUGUCUGCUUAUAACGGCAACUCUACCAGCUACACAAACUCUCCAGAAAGCACUUCGACCUCAAUGACAUCUUCUGGUCCUCCAGCGACCACAACAUCUAACGCGGCCACUACUCAUGAUCUUCCAACUUCUUCCCAGUUAAGUCCCGGGUCUAUCUCAAUCUCCAGCACCGCAACUGGCGCUGGUUUUGGCUCUAGUUCAGUUUCUAACGCCGGCUUUGGCUCAAGUUGUAACUCUGGCUCAGGUUCCAACUCUGGCUCAGGCUCAGGCUCUAGUUCUAGGCUCUCUCAAACAACAACGAUUACACCAAAGACGCAGUCCUCCAGCUCUGUAUACUCUACUUCUUCAAGCGAGACUGGAUCGACAGCUUCACCUUAUGUCUCUACCUAUGAGGGUGCUGCCAGCAGGAUUGGUUUCAGCCUCUUAUUUGUUCUGCCUUUAGCUUUUGUUUAG